AUGGUCAUCACGACUUCCUUCCAGGUCCGUGUUCCCCUUUAUCCUGAUCACACACAAUUUGCAGUACCUAUGACAUGUGAAGCAUGUAUAAAAGAUAUCGAGAAAGCAUUGUUCAAAUUGGGUGGAAUACAGAAAGUUGAAGCGAGUCUUCAGGAUCAACUUGUUACUAUUGAAGGAACGACUGCUCCUUCGGAGAUUGUAAGGGCGAUUGAGGAGACGGGCCGAGAUGCUAUAUUGAGGGGUGCGGGGGGGAGUGAUGGCGCUGCUGUGUGUAUUCUUGAAACACAUGAUACGACUGUAUCGGAUAAGGUGCGAGGGUUAGUGAGAAUGGUACAAGUAUCUCCUACGUUAACAUUGGUGGAUUUGACGAUUCGAGGAUUGCCAGAGGGGACUUAUUGGGUUACUGUUAGAGAAGCGGGAGAUAUUUCUAAUGGUGCGAUAUCUACGGCUGGUUUAUGGAAGGGGGAUGGUGAAGACACAUCUAAAGGAGUAUUUGGUACUGUGAGUGUGGGAAAGAAUGGCAUGGGAAGUGUCUUUUUGGAUAAACCUAUCCAGAUAUGGGAAAUGAUUGGAAGGGGGAUGGUAGUAUCGAACCAACAUGAGGGAGACAGGAAGUUUGAGAAAAAUGAUGAGAAUACUCUCGUGGGUGUGAUUGCACGGAGUGCUGGUGUCUGGGAUAAUGAUAAGACGGUUUGUUCUUGCUCAGGCAAGACAUUGUGGGAGGAAAGGAAGGAUGAGAUUAGCAAAGGUAUGCUCUGA